AUGGAUGCCAGCAAAGCUGUAGAAGAUGCGAUCUCGAAAGCCCUGUUGACCGUGGAAUCUGUAGAUUCCUUGAAACCCGAGCAGCAUCAGGUUUUAGAGAACUUCCUGUGCGGCCGGGAUGCUGUAGGACUUCUCCCUACUGGAUUUGGUAAAUCGCUGGUUUACCAGCUCGCGCCCGCUGUAGCAGGACAUUUGCUGUCGAGUGCGUUUUGUCCCGAGCACAUAAAGACGGCAGACUACCCUAUUCUUGUCGUCUUAUCACCCCUUCUGGCGCUUAUAAACGACCAGGUGUUGGAGGCCAGGCAACGUGGAGUGUCUGCAAUGUCGUUGUGUAGCGCCAGCCCAGCCGAGGAAGCACAGAUUCAGUCGGGGAAGGUCCAGUUAGUAUUCACUAACCCCGAGACGGUGUUGGAGCCAAAAUGGAAAGAUGUGCUGCAGAACGAGCGGUUCCAGAGAAACGUCAUCGGGAUCGUGGUCGAUGAAGUCCACAAAACACCGAGUUGGGGAGAGGCAAAGAAAGGUGGAAAGCCCUUCCGGGAGACAUUUGGCAGGAUCGCAGAGCUCCGGUCUUUAUGCAAGCAAGGGAUUCCUGUUCUGGCCCUCACAGCUUCAGCCGACAUGGAGACCCGGAAAGACAUUGUGAGGCUCCUGAACCUCAACAGAGACACAGUGUUCGUGGAAAGGAGUCCCAACAGAACCAACAUCCGACUUGCUGCGGUGAGAAUCAAGCCAUCUGAUUAUUCAUGUCUGGACUGGAUUGUGUCAGGUGUACAAAGGGAGGGGAACAAUUUUGGGAAGACGAUAGUAUAUUGUAAAGACUUUAAAACUGUAGGUGCAGUGUACUGCCACCUUGUUGCAUCCCUGGGUGAUCAAGCCUAUGUUGGAGAGAAGCUAUCUCGAAACUGUAGAGUAGGAAUGUACCACAGUGAGACAUUGCCAGAGAAGAAAGAACAUGUUCUAGUUUCAUUCAAGUCUAUGUCUCAACUUUCUGUCGUUGUCGCGACCACAGCAUUGAGUAUGGGAGUGAACUUCCCAAAUGUCAGGUACGUUGUUAUGUAUGGUCCUCCUGAGACCAUGGAGGACAUGAUGCAGCAGAUAGGGAGAGCUGGGCGGGAUAAGCUCCCAUCUCAUGGUAUUUUGUACAGCUAUGCCCAGCAGAGGUGUGAUAACAAUGUUAGACAAUAUACAAAGAGUACCUCUUGCCUUCGAACCACAUUGUAUAACCAUUUUGAAUGUAACAAAGCAACUGUACCAUUGGAAGUUGGACAUGAGUGUUGUUCAGUGUGUCAUAAAUCAUGUAAGUGCAACCCCUUGACCAACUUGUGUGAUGUACCCACUCCAGUGUUUGAAAGCCCACAUAAUAUUGUAACUGAAUCUCCAUCAAAAGUCAGAAGUGUCAGUGAGGAUCAGAAAGAGUUGCUGAGAGAAGGGCUAUACCAGUAUAGACAUUCCCUGGUCAAGAAUAAGAGACUUCUGCUGUCAGUCGAACAAACAACAGGAUUUACAGCUGAAUUGAUAGAUAUUGUUGUAGAAAACAGUGCUUUUAUUUUCUCUGUUCCAUACAUUCUGCAAAAUCUCCCUGUCUACUCUGAACAACAUGCUCACUCAAUCAUGUACAUAGUUAACAAGGUGUUUGAAGAUAAUCUAGAUCUAGAUGAUCUACUAGAUGCAAUUGAGGAAGACAUUGAAUCUGAGGAUGUGCCAUGUCCUACAAUACCAGAUAGCUGGACCAACUCUGAUCCUGGAGAUGACGGUGAUGAUGAUGUGUCUCACCUAGAUGACUAUUUCUAUAGUGAACAGGAAAUCUUGCAUUAUGUACACUUGUUUGCUGACUGAUGACACAUAAUCAACGUAAGAAACACAAUCUUCCUGUCUUCAUCCUGUUUAUGUACUCAUUUUGUACAAGUCUCUGGCACUGUAUGUACAUUAGUGGCUGUUUGCAACAACAUUCUUUUCCUAUCUUGUAUAUAGGCAAUCUAAAUGUGACAAGUUACAUUGCAUUGGAUUGUUUGGUUUUGGAAUAUGACUGGUUUACCUGUAUCUUGCAACAAUGUUCUUUUCUUUCUUCAUAUGUACAUAGGCAAACCAAAUAUAUCCGACUGUCAAGAUAGAUUACAUAGAUUGUUCAGUUGUGGGAUAUGACUGACUGAACUGUAUCUACAACAUAGUCAUAUAUUUUAUCACAUGUAUAUGUACAUAGGCAAUCUAAAUGUUACAUUGCAUUGGAUUUUGAAUAUGACUGGUUUAUCUGUAUAUUGCAACAAUGUUCUUUUCUUUCUUUAUAUGUACAUAGACAAACCAAAUAUGUCUGAUUGUCAAGAUUGAUUACAUAGAUUAUUUGGUUUUGGGAUAUACUGGCUGAACUGUAUCUACAACAGUGAUAUACUGUAUCACUUCAUGUCCCAGAUUACAAGGGAUUUGACUUUGUUGACAGAAAACUUUACAAUAUACAAUACAGAUUCUG